AUGUUCAAAUGUGCUUUCUUCUCUCUGAUCCUCUUUUAUUUUGUUUUAUUUUAUUUAUAUUCAUCAUGGAGGGAGUAUAGAAGCAUAAGGCCUCAAAUUCAGAAAAUCAACAGAGUGCUCCAUUCCACCCCUCUCUCAUCUUCCCUACCCGUUUUGGCCUUACAGGCUACAGGUCAUGGCAUAAAACCAUAGGCGUAACGGGGGGCACGUGCCCCGGGCGCCAUUGAGGUGGGGGCGCCAUGCCAGCUGCUGCCACCCCCACCCCAUUGCCCACCUGCCCAGCCCCAGGGCCCCUCAGCCACUUGCCUCCAGCUCCGGCCUAGGAUCGGCAGCGAGGCCUAGGAUCGGAGCAGCCUGCAAACUGCAGAGCUCUUCUCUCCCCGCCUCUCAGCUGAUCGGCGGGUGGGCCGGGCUUCCAGAGAGGCCUCCGAGUAGGCCUCCCUGAAGCCUGAACUCGGCAGGCCCCAGCAAGCCAGGAAGGAGGCUGGCAGAGCUCCCUGCAGCAGACCCUCCCUGCAGCAGACCAGACCAUCCAGCACAGCUUUUGCAAGAGGUGACAUCAUGUGACAUCACGCGCAAAGGGGACAUGACCUCAAGCUCCAAGGAGCCCGAGCGAGCGCUUCUGUGUCAUUUCAGGCAGCGCUUGCUGCCUGAAAGCAUCUAUGCCAGAGGUCCAACCAUACUGGACAGGUCUCACCAGAGGAGCCAGACAAAGAGUGCCUCUCCCAUCAACAAUAUGUUAGCAGGGUGGUUGGCAGCAUUCUAACCGGCUCAGAACUCUAGAGAGGAGUUGCCGUGGCGCCCAGCUCAAACGCUCACAGGUCUUCCUUUGGCGAGGAAGGCAGCUUGAAGACCUGGAUCUUUGCACGCUACGCUCUUGAGCCAUACAUACUGGUACAUGCUACAGUACUUCGCAGAUACAUGUAAGUAUAUGCUAUUAAGAGCUCCCACCUUCCCAAAGAGUAAGAAGUCCAGUGGUAGCGCUGCACCAUUUUCUUUGGCUAAGAAAGCACUUGAGAAUUAUAUUGUCCAUGUAAUAAUGGGUUGUAUUUCCAAGACUAAAAGCAGAGCAUAGCUGAAGCCAUGGACUUCUGUCGCAGACAGUAAAACUGCUGAUCCUGCCUCAGAUUCCCAAAGAGAACAAUUGCUUGGACUCACAGCUUUCCAGGCUGCUUCUGGUCCAGCUAAACCUAAACUACCUCAGAUUCUCUCUCCCUGUCUCUGCACCUGUGAAUUCCCCCACUCUCUUCUGACUGAUUUAAUCCUCCUCCACCAGUUGCUUUAAAAAUAUAGCAACUGAAGGCUGCUGAGAAAAGGCCAUUCAUUGAGGUCAUUUACAGAAUCAAAAAAUGGGUUCUCCCUGGUUUUGGGAACUCCAAAUUUUCAGUUGUGAGGAACAAGGUAAGAGGAAAUCCUAGGUAGAAGUGAUUGUGUGGAAGCAAGGUUGUGGGAAACGCUACCCAGGUUUUCCUCCUACAUUGUUUCCACAGAAUCACUUCUACCCGGGUUUCCACCUACCUUGCUUAAUCACAAAAUUGGGAGCACAUGGUACACACCUGCCAAACCCUGCUACAACACAGGUUUUGGUUGUGUGAAUGACCCAGUGACUUUGGUUAGAUGUCUGUGAGAGAAAACUGCAGCAAAAGGACCAUUCACGGUAAUCAAGAUAGCCAAGCUUGUGUGGGUGGGUGCAGAUGCUGCUCAAAGUAUAGAAUCCGCUCCUUUUCUGGGCACGUAACCUUUCAACCUAGUAUUUGAAUCUUGACCUGUUGACCGCUUUCCCAGGAGCCUUUUCUACUUCCUUGUAAAAGGACUGUUGGGAGCUUGGUGGUGGGGCAGUUUAAGUAGCUUCCAGAAGUCUGCAUUCAAAGGUGGGGAAACAGUUCCUGACACUUAUAAUGGAAGAGGCAGCAGACUUCCAUUCUUACGUUUGCAGGUGGGAUAUGUGAUGUUCUAGAACAAGGUUCAAAGCUGAACAGGGUCCUAAUUGGUGUCACUCCUUGUCCAAACUUUAAAAGAUGUACUUACAUGUGUAUAAUGGCAUAUACAUAUAUAUGUGUGUGUGUGUGUGUUUUAUCCCAGUAAAUCUGCAGUUUCCAAGAUGGGCGACGUCGUAAUGAAUACCGUAGCGUCAACUGGUGCAGUAUUAAAAAUUAAGAAAUGCCUGGCUGAGGUCAGCUUCUUUCAACUCUGUGCCUUUUUCCUGAGCCUUAGUGGGUGGCUUAUGUGUAUGACAUCCGCAAUCCUUGUCCAGUGGAGAGUGUGGCACUUUAGUAACCACUAUGGUGGAACCAGCAUUGCUUGGAUUGGGAUUUGGGAAAUCUGCCGUGUCGAUGAAGAUCCGUCUAUUGAUGAGCAAAAUCGCAUGAACUGUACAGCAUUCAGCAAUCUACACACCUUCCUCCCCAGUGAGAUUAUAGCUGCCCAGAAUCUCAUGGUACUCGCUACCAUUGCGGGGGCAGUGCAAACAGGCUUUCUCUCUGUGGCCUUCUCAAAUAUAUAUAGGAAGGAAAAACAGAGAAAACACGUUGCCAACCUUUUUUUGAUUGCAGGCCUUCUAAAUUUAUCAUCGGGAAUAGGUGUCUUCAUUCCAAUUGUUUGGAAUAUGGUUUCCGUCUUGUCAGAAGUGCCAAUUUUCUUCCCUGAAUAUUUCCAUUUACCACAUAAACCAGAAUACCAGUAUGUUGGAGCUGCGCUUCUGGUUGGGCUGAUUUCUGCUAUUUUCCAGAUCUUGAGCGGAUGUUUUAUUCUGCGCAGUAAGCACUUGGCAGUCAAGAAAAUAUCAGCAAUGGCAACAGAGGCAUCUGCAAGGGCAAGUGAAACCACUCUUUGUCAAAAGUGUUCAUUGUCCUUAGUGCCUAAAACCCCAAAGCCAGAGGAAUCUGCUUCUGUGACCAUCGACAGCCCAUUGGACGUGCGACGCACUGAAAACCCAUCUGUGAUUGUCCAGAUGGAUAACUUCUCUGAAGACGUGACCAAUCCCAGAGAGCCUGUUCCAUCAUUGCCCCAAAGUCACAUUAUAUUGGUGACGCCAUACAUUGAACCAACAGUUGGUGAUGAAUCUAAAUAAUCAGAUUCUAAACACACCAGGACAUGAACUGUGAACAUUUGAAAGUUAUUGAAACCUUUGAAAGGGAUAGUGGGUCUGUUUAUGUUGCAGGAAUAUUUAUUUGUUUGUUUGUUUGUUUGUUUAUUGCUGUAGGGGUUGUUUUUAUACUUUGGGGAUAACGUUUGUGCUGUUAACAAUAAUGGUUGUUUUCAUGGUAUAGGCUACAAUUAUCUUUGAUAGUUUUGUGUUUCUCAUCUUUUAUUAAAAAAUAUCCACCUAUUUUAAUCA